UUCGGCCCCAAUGCUCGGGACGGUACGCGCCAUUCGUACGCGGGACUUCGUGCCAUCGGUAUCGGGAUUUGGCCAGCAGCCGUGUGUCACAGCAGACCAGCUCUGUUCACGUGCGUGUGAACGUGUAUGUGUGCAUUGCUAAGGUGGGUGCAUGUGCAUAUGAGUCUCUGUGUGUGAGUGUGGUUCCCUAUCGUAGUCGAAACUAGUGACCUUAGCGUCAGUGCGAAGUGCGAAAAAACGGUGUAGUUUAAGUGAGUGCCAGUGUGUCAUAGGUUGACAGGCUAAGCGUCGGCGGAAUUUGCAAGCGACUCGCGGUGCGCUGAUCCGUUUGAUCGAUACUAGCGAGCAAAGCUCGUCAUUAACAGGAUAAUCUGGCGCAAGCAGGCGGGCGUCGCAGGUAAUUUGAAUGAAUUUCCCGGUCGCCUAGUAGCGAUUCGGCUUAGAGUUUCGGUCGUGUGCAUGUGCGCGUCAGUGACCGUUGCGGGGUUGCGUUGCGUAGCGCACUAAUUUAAUUAGUGAGUUUGUUCGGGUGGCCGUGCUUCAAGUCUGUUGACGGUGAAAGAAAAUUUGGAAGCGGUAAAGUUGUGAUUUGUCUUGAUUUGUGUUGGUUUAAAGUGAAUGUUUGUGUAGAAAAAGUGAAAAGUGUCCAUCACGUUCCUUUGAUUGAAACGUUUAAGUUGCGCAAAAAAUAAUCUUGACGCGUUGUAUUAAAGCCAAGUGUAUGUUGCUAGUGUAAAUUAAAGCAAAAAAGAGAAACAUAAAACACAAGCAAGUGAAAAGCCAUUGCCUAAAAGAAGCGGAUAAAGUGAUAAAGCGACAAAAGAAUAUUCAGCAAAAGAAAUCAUAAUAAAACACAGUACGAAAACGAUAGCAAAAAAAAAAACGAAACAAUUACACAACCGAGAAGCGUUCAGCAGCAAAGGCAACCGAAAAGAAAAGGAUUACUUGAAAAUAUUAUUCUUUCAUCAGUCGGAAAGUGUAGCAAAAGCAGCAGCAACAGCAACGGCAGUAUAGCAGCACCAACGGCAGCAAAGGAUAAUAAAUCUCUUCCUUUUUUUUCGCACUCCUCGAGCGCGAAGCUUGUCGGGUUGGUGGUUUAACGGUUCCUCGGUUACUCGGCCACUUGGCUCAGUAGUGAUUCUUUUCCCAUUUACAUCCUUGCGUUUGGGUGUACCAGUGUGAGUGUGUCCUAAGUGUGUGUGUGUGAGAGAGUGUUUCUUCGUGGUGUUUCGUGGUGUCCAUCCGUGCAGAGGAAAACUCCGUUGCUGGAUCUGAUUUUCGUCGCUUGGGAUUAAAGCAAACACCGCGCUGGCUACCAAGGCCUCUAUAAUGAUUGUAUAAGAAAUAAAAAAUGGUAGCCGAUCUAAGUUGAUAAAAAUGGAUUACAAGGAAAUUAUAUUGCUACUAUGUCUGAUCCUAACGUUGGCCAAGGCAACACACAAAGAUAACCGAGGUGGUUCGAAUGAAACCCUAAGCACUUGGUCACCGUCGGGCGUAGAUUUGGAGGAUGAGGACGACGAGGAGGUACAGAAACGAGCAAAAGCUCAAGGUUGGUCAUCGUGGACGGAAUGGUCAACCUGUUCGCGUUCGUGCGACGGUGGCGUUGCGUACCAGCUGCGCCGGUGUCACGCACCUCACGGCUGCAAAGGAGACGCGGUGCGGUAUAAAAUCUGCAACAUGCAGCCCUGCCCGGAGCAGCAGGAUUUCCGCGCCCACCAAUGCUCGGCGUACGAUGACGUGCCGUACGACGGUGCGCUGCUGAAGUGGACCCCACACUACGACUACUCGGAACCGUGCGCCCUCACCUGCCGGGGCCGACCUCAGCACCUGCUGGAGGAUAUGCCGGAUUCGGCCGGUGCCGGCGACUCCUUUCCCAUCAGUGACGACGAACCGAGCGUCAUCGUGCAGCUCUCCAAUCGAGUGCAGGACGGUACCAGAUGUCGCCCGGGCAGUCUCGACAUGUGCAUCCAGGGAAAGUGUCAGCGCGUUGGAUGCGACCUUAAGAUUGGCUCGACCAAGAAGAUCGAUGUGUGCGGUGUGUGCGGUGGCGAUGGAACGUCCUGUACGCAGCCACUCUACCAGUGGGAAAUUGCACCCAUGUCCCUGUGUUCCGUAACCUGUGGAGGUGGUUACAAGAUGGCCAUGCCGACCUGCCGGAACCGCGUGACCGGCGUGGACGUGGAGGAGUCACUCUGCAACGCUUCUUCCCGACCGGAGCCCACCGUCGUCCAGUGCAAUACCCAUCUCUGCCCACCGAAAUGGGUGACGGACGACUGGCGAUCGUGCUCGAAACCGUGCGGCGGUGGCAUCCGCGAACGGGUGGUGGUCUGUGCGGAGGAAAGCAAUGGCGCCAAGAACAAGGUACCGGACGAGGCUUGCCGUGGAGUGAGGCCGAAAAAUCAGGAACCCUGCAACGUCCAAGAAUGUCCCAAGUGGGUCGUCGGCGAAUGGAGUGGGUGCUCCGUUUCCUGUGGCAGCGGUAUUCAGGUGCGCAGCGUUGAGUGUAUGGACACGAACGGCCAUUACAGUGCCCAGUGCGAUCCGGGAGCGAAACCAGUCACGGGGCAACCGUGCACCACGGGCAUCAUCUGUAAUGCGGGUUCGGUUUCGUCGGGACUGAGCGGCGGUGCCAACACUGGUACAACGGUUUCGGGCUCAUCAAAUGCUGGCAUCAUCGCUGUACCGCCCUCGUCAGCAUCCGACUUCGAUGGGCUUACGAUGGGCGUCGAGAGUGAGGCAGAGCGGGCCAGCAUUUCCGCCAUGAUGAAGGAGAAGGCCGCGAUGCAUCACGAGCGCGAUCCGACGCUGAUGACGUACAACGAUCAACCGUACUAUGCACAACCGCUGCGGCAGGAUCGGUUACCGAAGGCGGAGAAAAUUGUUUCCCAGCGGGUGCCCAGUGAAGCCACCUUCAUUCAGGACACCGAAUGGUCACCGUGCAGUGUGACGUGCGGCGAAGGGAUCCGCCGGAAGCCGUUCCGGUGCAAGAUUUUCCUCGAAUUUUCCAAGCGCGUCGCGGUGCUAAACGAUUCGCUCUGUCACGCCUACAAACCGCUGGACGAGGUGGAACGUUGCGUCAUGGAGCCGUGCUCGUACUCGCACAAUUUCGAGGAUACCUAUCUCAAAGAUGGAAAUCGGCAGAGUUUGGAAAACAUUAAGGUACACGUGUCCGUGCCGGGCAAGACGUACUCCUGGCGAGAGGAAGGCUACACCAGUUGCAGCGCGUCCUGUCUCGGCGGUGUAGAGGAGUUGAUAAUCAACUGCGUGCGAGAUGAUACGAACAAGAUUGUGUCUCCGUUUCUCUGUUCGCCCGAGACGAAACCGGAAGCGCGCAUUCGCACCUGUAACGACAUCCCGUGUCCUCCGCGGUGGAACUAUUCCGAGUUUACACCGUGCUCCAAGUCGUGCGGCUUUGGAAUACAGACGCGCGAGGUGACGUGCAUCCACGAGGUGACAAGGGGAGGAGAAAACACAAUGAUUGUACCGAACAGUAUGUGCACGACGAAACCACAACCGGACCGACAGUACUGCAACAUCAUCGACUGUCCCGUCCGGUGGGAAGUGUCCGAGUGGAGCAAAUGUUCAAAAUCUUGUGGCGGAGGUUUCAAGGAGCGACGCGUCGAGUGCAAACAGAUCAUGGCCCAGGAGCACAAGGUAGAGCGACCGGCAUCGAUGUGUCCGAGCAGCAAGCCGCCGGACAAGAAACCCUGCAACACCAAGGCCUGUGCACCGGAAGAUCAGCGACCACCGAUUGCGGGCACCAACUCUACCUUCAUUCAGCACGACCCCAAGAAGAACAAGAUUACGCUAAAGAUUGGCGGUGCGGCGACCGUCUUCUACGGAACGCAGGUUAAGAUCAAGUGCCCGGUGAAGCGAUUCAAUCGCACCAAGAUCCGCUGGACGAAAGAUCAGCAACCGUUGCUGAAGACGAAGAAGAUCAAAAUGUCGAAAAAGGGCGCACUGCGCAUACUGGACGUAACGUUCCGCGAGGCUGGCAUCUACACGUGCCAUGCUGGGCUGAGCCAUGCGGAUCUGAAGCUGGCCGUCAAGGCGAAACCGGGCGGCGAAAAUCAGCCGAACGAAGAUCACGAUCGACACCGGGGAGCGGAUCCGAAUGCACUGCUGGCUAACUCGUACGCAAUGGCCAAUGGGAAUGAGGAAGAGAAGAGUGGGAGGAAAAAUCGAGAUCGCAAUCGGGGGAGAAAUCGACAACGACAACAGCAGGACACGCUUCUAACUGAGCACGGCGAUGGAUCGGACGAUGAGGAACCCCUGCGGUCACACUCGCAAAUGACUGUGUCGGGCAGUACGGUAGCGUCGGACGCGUCGGCCGCGGCCAGUUCCGGCACCCGUACGUUACCAUUGCCCCACUUCCAGCACCUACUGGCCGGCCUACAGCUUCUUUGGCCAUUUCAGACAUUCAGCAACAGUAAGAACUACGGACAGCAGUAUCUUGCCGAGCGCGGCUACGAUCCGUUCGAUGGGUCGAUCGGUAGAGGGGAUGUGGAGGACGAGGAGCCACCGAGGCCCAUGAACGUGUAUCAGCUGCUGAAAUCGCGCCACACCAGUGAAUCCGUGGACGAGCCAAUGAUCCACGACGGACAGGCAACGGAGGGCUACGAGUUCGAGUGGAUGACAACGCCCUGGUCCGAGUGCUCACAGACAUGCGGUGCCAAUGGGGGAGGGUACAAGCUCCGAUCGGCCCACUGCAUGCUACGGAUGAGCAAUUCCAGCCGCACCGUCGACAACAGCUUCUGCGAGGACGCUGGCCUGCCGGUGCCGGAAACGGUCGACAAAUGUGGCAACAUCGACUGUCCGCGCUGGGUGACAGCGGAUUGGAGCGGCUGUCAGCAGUCCAAGUGCUUCUCGUGGCACACGGCGCUCCAGCGGCGUGACGUGUACUGUCAGUUCGAUGGCGAGCGUAGCGACGAGAAGGUGUGCGAGGACCAGGAGAAGCCCGUCACCAAGCAGGAGUGCUACAACGAACUGUGCAAAGGUGUUUGGCGUGUCGAGCCAUGGUCAGAUUGUAAUGCGGCCUGCGAAGGACAGGGCAUCAAGUACAGGAUACUACAGUGCGUAUGGUACGGCACGAAAAAGCCGGCAGGCAACGCGUGUCGUGAGCUGCCCCGACCAGCGGUCAUGAAAGUUUGCAAAGGACCACCAUGUAUUUCGAAUCUUUCGGAGUGUAAAGACUUGUCGAGGUACUGUAAAAAUGUAGAAAGCAUGGGCCUUUGCAGACUGCACCGUUACCAGCAACAGUGUUGCAAGACUUGUAGGUUUAAUAUUUACCACUAAGGAUCGCAAAGAACGAAAACACCGGACUGCCAAUCGAUACCGCGCUGGAUGUGGCGUUUGUAUGACGCUUUUGGAAACUUCCGAUGAUGUUCGGUGUAUUUUGUUGGAAAAGCGUCUCCAGCCUCCAAUAGGAUAAGCGCAGCAAAAGGAUGCAAUCCUUGCUGCUCCUUGCCUGUCCACUCUUUCUUUCACCUCCCGAACCACCAGCGCCAAUGGCCCCGGUAUACACAACUGAAACUGAAACAGCAACGAACUUGUGUAUGAUACGGAAUAGCUAUUGACACCUACUACCGAAGACUUAUUUAAAAUAGUCAAUUAUGUGUACUUGACUAUGAGCGUUGCUGAAAUCCAGCCAUCCACACUUAUAGAGACAGCACGGCGCAGUACUUGGAUCAUGGUGCAACUGUUAGAUUAUUGUUGAAGAACUUCAAUGGAGUAAACUGAGUGCUAGUACUGCAACAAAAGACACUCUGUUUUCCUCUGAAAGUAGACAAUGUACUUUGGACAGACGAACGAUGUAGCAAGCUGGUAGCAUACACACUCAACCACACACGACCUACACGACCACAAGAAUGCCAGAGGCGUCUGUUUGUUAAUUUCGCAGAACUGUUGGAUUCUAUGUAUAUAGGUAAAGCAAAAGGAGGAAGAAACUAUAGAAAAGCCCUAUACAUAUAAAUAUAAAUACAUAUAGACGCAAGCAUAGGGAAAAGCAAACCAGACUCCACAAGGCGUAGCACUAGGUUUAGGUAAUAUUUGAUGAGCAAGAGGGAGACCGAGCGAAGAAGUGAACAUAGUAAUAUAUAAAUUAAACAGAUCGACUCUAAACAAACGAAAGUUAAGGUUAGCUCAGCUCAGCUUACCGACUUGCUGAACGAAGGACAGCAGAUAGCAAAUUGCCAGCACGCUGUCGUAACGCUUCUGUAAACGUUCAGUGCUUUUUGAUAGUGGGGAUAGGUAGGUGUGCUGCUACAAGUAUUAUCGUGUGUUGAAAUAGAAACCAUACCCACUCACACACACACAUACACAUCUAUUUCCGCUUUGAAAAUGAGUCAUUUACAGGACAAAUCACAUUCUUCUUCAUCUCUCACCCAUAACGUCGAUUUCCUUUUCGUGAACUCACUCUCCCAAGUUAAUCAGCCAAAGGAAUGUAUUCUGUCAACAUCUGAACCAAUCCAUCCGCUAUUUCUACACUGUGAGUCCUUCUAGUGAGCCUAACAGAUUUCCAAUAACUUGUUACUUUUGCUUACCCUUGCAGUGGAACGUAUUUCCCCAUGUUCAUAACAUCUAUCAUUCAACAUCAAUUGUUCCUUUCCAUACUCCCAUACAAACAACACCUCCAAACUAUGCGCUAUGUAAGUGAAGCGGUAUUUAAGAAACUAUCCAAAUAAAAACCAGUGGGAACAGUAUAAGCGGGACGAACAUUUUUUGGCUGCCAAUGUAGCGGUCCCUGCAAACCAUGGCCAGUUUGCCACCACACCCUAAUCAACUCACACUAAGAUAAAUCUUUUUUCCUUUCCAACGCUUUCUAAUUAUACUAUUUACUCUCCCCCUUCCAUUUCCUAUUGUUCAUAAGUAAUCAUACUCUUCAAACUCUAACGAAACAAAACGCGUGCCGCGUGCGAAACACCCGUGCCGGAAAUUUCAUUUCGUUCUCUACACAGGGUCAGACAGAGGAGCGUUAGUAUAAAAAAAACGGAAAAGUAAAUGAAGAUCCAAAGUCCAAAGCAAUGCAAUUUUCCAUAGCAAGCGAGACGAGGCAAAAACAAAUUCGGAGCGAAUAGAAAUGACUAUCAUGUUUUAGGAAGCCAAUUUCGGAGCAAUCGUUGGGAGUUGGAAGCAGAGCGGUUAUUGAAUAACAUAAAACACAUGAGUAAGAAAUAAAACAAAAACAUACAACAAGAAAACUCGUUCUUCUUUACAUAAAAGCAAAGUAAAACUAGAGGUAAAUGAAAAGAAAAUAUUGAAGCAAAGACCAAACGAUAAUGUAAUUCACCAGACAGAAACAAAUCAAAGCGAAGUAAGCAGGUAAGCAUUCACCUAUUUUCCAUUCCAAACAAAAUGACUGAAAAAUGAACUGUGUACAUAAGGGCAUAGAGAACUCUGCCGAACAAAUCAUUGGUCGCCAAUGAGUUGGAAAAAUUGAUCAAAACAAUUCAAAGAGAUUUUCUCCAUAAGUUUUGUUGUGCAGAUUCAUAUAGGGUUUCCCACGAUUUAUUGGUUGGUUCCCAUCAAUUUUUGGUGGGUUCCCAUAUUUUUUUGGUGCGUUUCCACGAUUUUUUGGUCGUUUCCCAGAAUUUCUUGGUCCAAAUGUAUUGACAUCCAAUCGGAAAAUACCAAUAAAUUAUGGGAACGAACCAAAAAUCUAUGGGAUACGAACAAAAAAUCGUGGGAACGCACCAAAAAAUCAUGGGAACUGACCAAUAAAUCGCGGGAAACCCUGUAUUGAACUGUUUGAUUUGCUCAACAAAGUAUUACCACAUUUCAAAAAUGAUUCCUGCCUUCUGUUUCGUUUAGUGUUUCUUUCUCAUACCAUUGCAUACAUUGCUCUCUAACGAUAAUUGACGAUUCAACUAAACUAAUGACAAACGAAAGCGAGGACGUUAAAACAGUUUGAUAAAUAUAAGAUCUAUUAACUUAGUUAGAAAAAAAGGAAAUAACUAUAUAAACGAAAAACAAUCGCAAAAACAAACCAGCGAAUGUGCGACUAUGUUGCAAGGACGUGAAAACAAUAUAUUAAACACAAGAAAAUGAAAUUACCCAAUAAAACAAAUUUGAAAAGCCUAGAUGACACCGCGAACCAUCGGAUCGUUAGUUAAGAGAAAACAAGUACGUUAAAACGUUGGAAUUAAAACGAAGCUGCAACACAACCAUUGCAAACUGCAAUUGCUGAUGUGGGAUUGCAAUGGCAAGCCCUCUACAGAGCUACAGUUUAAUCUUUUGCCGCAAAAACCGAACGCAACAUAAUUAUUCUACACAUGCAACCGAACGGAGCAAAUAGUUAAAGUAAUUAAUAACGAUGGUAUUAUUGAUAACAGAACUGCAUAAAGGUGGUAGUGAUGAGAUUCCUGUAAAUUUGAAAUAAAAAAGAGAACACAUAGAAAAUAAAUAAGGAAACAUAGGAUUGCACUGAUGAGCGAGGAGUAAACAUUUUUAAGUUAAGAGAACACUAGCUACACCUAAGGUAGCAGACUAACUGUAAUCGAGUUCUUGAUUUCCACUCAUUUAAACUCUUCGUUUCGCUUUGCUAGUUGUGAAUAGUUUUCAAACUGUUCGUUUGGUUUGAUGUUUUGGUUCAGUGCGUUUCAUUACCACUUUAUACGUGCUAGACACUGCUCCCCGUAGGAAGAAAAUUAUUAGCAAAACCGUUUUACUAUGCUCCCGAGCUGAGAGGCUCCAGCAAGUGUGUUAGAGACAAAUGCAACCCCCAUGGGAUGGAAAGAUUGUGUGCAAGAGUGCAUUCAUGUAAAAAUGUGAUACUUUUCGCCCAGCCAUUGGCCCGGCCAAGUUGUCUGUUAGAGCAGUACGGCAACAACGCUGCCGGAAGUUUGUAUGAUACACCAGUGUAACCAAGCAAGAGUGCCGAUAGCUACUCGAACGUUAAUUAUUUAAUGCUGUUUCAUAGAUACAUAGUGUGCUACUGCGCCAGAUGAUGAGUCAACAUAUAGAGCGAUCGUGUGUGUUUAGUUGAUCAUGAGAAGAGAACUGUAACUAGCAAACAGAUGCAUUUAAACGCCCCUCUUCUUCUCUGUUUUCCGUUUCAACAAUCAAACAACGCAAAACCAAAAAUUUAACCCGUCGAAAUGCCCCAUCCCAUAUGCGGGUCACAAUUUAAAAAGCUUUACCCAUGUUUCAUUAAUUUCCGAUGCUGCCGUGUUACCGUGAUUCAGUUUUAUGGACAAAACCUUCGGCUCUAACUGAAAUUAACGACAAUUACUAACCCAAACCAAACCUAGAAGUUGAAUAUGAAUGACGAUGGUACUAAAACGGUGAUCAAACGGAUUCUUGCGAUUUAAAAUAACCAAACUCUUGUCAUCCAAAGAGGAAGAGGAAAAGCGUACGAAUAACAUGAAUAUACCGUGGAAUCUAAUUUCAUCUAUUGCGAGCUGGUUGCUUAUUUAGCCUUCCGACAAGGGGAGUCGAUUAGAACAUUUUCUUCCCGUAACGGAACAGAACAACAUUGCAAAGCCAACUAACAUUCAACACACUAAACAGCAGCAGAUGCAGCAUCAACAACAAGAAACAAACGAAUAUAUUUAUGAUAAUUAUACAUUUCACUGUAAUAUGAUUAUCAUUAAUAUUAAACUAUUAUACAAUUUAAAACAAAAUCAUAUAUAGGAAGGUUAUUAGUUAAACAAGAAAGCUUCGGGAUGCGCCCGAACACCCUGAUCUGCUGUGGAGAGGUCUACGUCUAAGCUCUCUACGCAACUAUUGGACAGGCGAAAACUAAAACCAGAACGGCAAUACACACAUACACUUUCACACAUACACACUCUCACAGGCAUAGCAGAAAGUGUGGAAACAUGAAAAAGGGGGAAAAUAAAGUAUUUUUUAUUUAAAAUGAAACCAAAA